CAAUAGAUUUCGUUCAACUUAGCAACACUCAAAGAGUUGCAAGCAAUCCCUUCAACUCCAAAGAGCUAUAUGCAAAACAAAAACCAUAUGGAUUCACUUCUUAAAUUGCCAAGCAUGGACAACUUUAAGGAAGAACCAUUCUUUAUGGCCAUUAUGUUCAUCAUACCACUAAUACUUCUAUUGGGUUUAGUGUCAAUAAUCCUUAGAAAACCAACAUAUCCACCUGGACCAAAAGGGUUACCUAUUAUAGGUAACAUGCUAAUGAUGGACCAAUUAACCCACCGUGGUUUAGCCAACUUAGCAAAACAAUAUGGUGGCAUUUUUCACCUACGCAUGGGGUUCCUCCACAUGGUAGCUAUUUCCGACGCCGACACGGCGCGCCAAGUACUCCAAGUUCAUGACAACAUCUUUUCCAAUCGUCCGGCCACCGUUGCCAUAAAAUAUUUAACUUAUGAUCGUGCUGACAUGGCGUUCGCACACUACGGUCCCUUUUGGCGUCAAAUGAGGAAACUCUGCGUCAUGAAGCUUUUCAGCCGCAAGCGCGCAGAGUCUUGGGAAUCUGUUAGAGACGAAGUUGACUAUGCUGUCCGAACUGUUGCGGACAACAUAGGUCAACCUGUGAACAUCGGGGAACUGGUGUUCAACCUAACUAAAAACAUAAUCUAUCGAGCGGCUUUCGGGUCGAGUUCCAAGGAAGGACAAGAUAAGUUUAUUGGGAUAUUGCAAGAGUUUUCCAAAUUGUUUGGAGCUUUUAAUAUUUCGGACUUUGUACCUUGCUUAGGAGCUAUUGACCCUCAAGGGUUUAACACUAGGCUUGUUAAGACUCGUAAAGCGUUGGAUAGUUUCAUAGAUAAAAUCAUAGAUGAACACGUGGAGAAGAAGAGGGAUGUGAAUAAUGUUGUUGAUGAAGAAACCGAUAUGGUAGAUGAGUUGCUUGCUUUUCAUAGCGAGGAGGCUAAACUUAAUAAUGAAUCGGACGAUCUUCAUAACUCCAUCAAACUUACUAAGGAUAACAUCAAAGCCAUCAUCAUGGACGUAAUGUUCGGAGGAACGGAAACAGUAGCAUCAGCAAUCGAAUGGGCCAUGGCGGAGCUAAUGAGAAGCCCAAAAGAUCUAAAAAGAGUCCAACAAGAGCUCGAUGAAGUUGUGGGCCUGGGCCGUCGUGUCGAAGAGCCCGAUUACGAGAAACUAACUUAUCUUAAAUGUGCUCUUAAAGAAACCCUACGCCUUCACCCACCAAUCCCGUUACUUCUUCACGAAACCGCUGAGGAUGCAACGGUUAACGGUUACUUUAUCCCAAAGAAAGCGCGUGUGAUGGUUAACGCGUGGGCGAUUGGGAGGGACAGGAAUUGUUGGGAGGAACCCGAAAGCUUUAAGCCUUCACGGUUUUUGAAACCGGGUGUGCCUGAUUUUAAGGGUAGUAACUUUGAGUUUAUUCCAUUCGGGUCGGGUCGUAGAUCUUGCCCCGGGAUGCAGUUGGGUUUGUACGCGCUUGAUUUGGCGGUGGCUCACUUACUUCAUUGCUUCACGUGGGAGUUACCGAGUGGAAUGAAACCGAGUGAAUUGGAUAUGAGUGAUGUGUUUGGACUCACUGCUCCUAGAGCGAGUCGACUCGUUGCUAUUCCCACUAAGCGUGUUGUGUGUCCUCUCUAAAGAGGGAAAAAAACAAUUGGACCCCUUUUUCUUUGAGUUUUCUUUUUAUUAUUAUCCAAUUAGACAACAAGCAUUACGAAAAUAUGUGAAGAAAAAAUAAGUCACGUGAUAAGAACGUGAGAGUGUAAAAGAAAGGAAUUUCUUUUCACUCUUCUUGAUGUAAGCUUCUGUUUUUCAAUCAUUAUCAUGUUUGUAUGUAUACUAUAUAAGAAACAAUUCCUUUUAUUUUUCCUUUCUAA